AUGGGAACAGCCUGGGAACUCACCCAGGCGCUCAGGGAAAAGAUAUAUCUCUAUGCCAGCUAUCCGCAGACGUCGAUUCUGAUCCGGCAGAUGGUCCAGUUCGGUCCGUCGCCGCUGCCCGGAUCCAUCUUUCUUGCUUCUCAAUUCAUCGUGGAAGAACUCCCCAUUCGUUUGGCCUUGAAGGUCAAGGAUUUGGAAAACGCCCCCUUGGGACUCUCCAAGCAGCCAUCCACCAUCAAGGUCAAGAACUGGUACGCCCAGUCUUUUGAGGAACUCACGCUGCUUCCGAAACCAAAAGUCGACGACAAACUCAGGGAGCUUCUACAGUCCAACAACAACGGUCAUGCCCGUCUGGUGGGCCAGGCUGGCGACACGUCAGAGAUAAGUGAAACGCUGAACUUGGCGCAGCAGCAGCUGAACAACGUGGCCGUCAACAACGUCUUCUCCGACGACGGCAUUGUCGUAAGACACCAUCCACAUUCGCUGACGGGCGCCCGGCUGACGAAGCUGAGGCUGGAGGCGCCUACGUUUGGCAAGACGUAUUUCACUCCUUGUCCCAUGAACAUUGUGUGGCCGAAGGAGGUGUACGACUACAACAAGGCGGUGCACGAUGCACUCAGCAAGAUCAAGAAACGGCACGAUGCCACGGUGGCCACGAUGGCGCAGGGCGUGCUGGAGUGGAAAACAGAGCAUAAGAUUGUGAGUGUGAACCUGGCGAUCCAGACGUUUUUGGACCGUUUCUACAUGCUGAGAAUAGGUAUCCGUAUGCUUAUUGGGCAGCACAUAGCGUUGAACAUGCUGCAGCAGCUGCCGACAAAACAGAGGCUCAACACGCUUUUGAACGGCAGUAACGGGAACCAGGGCAACGCCAAAAACGGCAGAAACAACUACGUCGGUGUCAUUUGCACCGACUGCAAUGUUAAGGAAAUCGCCGAGGAUGCAGCCGAGACAGCCAAGUACAUCUGUGAGGAGCACUACGGCCUCUUUGAGGCGCCCGAGAUCCAGCUCAUUGUGCCCCAGGACCUGAUCAGUUUCAUGUAUGUUCCGGGCCAUUUGAUCCACAUUUUGUUUGAGGUGCUCAAAAACUCUCUUAGAGCCACCAUUGAAUUCCACACGCCUCGGUUGAAGGAGCAGUUGUUGGCAGAGAAUCCGAAAAUGAAGGAGAGCGACAUCGACCUCAACGACUUGAAGUUCCCGCCCACAAAGGUUAUCAUUAGUGAGGGCUACGAGGACAUUGCCAUCAAGAUCUCUGACGAAGGUGGAGGUAUUGCCCGUUCUGAAAUCCCGUUGAUCUGGACGUAUUUGUACACCACCGUGGACAAGACGCCCGUGUUGGACUCGGACGGAAACAACCAGACUAGCUUCAGAGCACCCAUGGCUGGUUUCGGCUACGGUUUGCCCAUCUCCCGUUUGUACGCUCAGUACUUUGGCGGCGACUUGAAGUUGAUCUCCAUGGAGGGCUACGGUACCGAUGUGUAUAUUCAUUUGAACCGGUUGAGCAGCUCGCUGGAGCCUUUGCCAUAG